UAAACUGAGUGAAUCAUCAGGAAAGUACCGUCACUAACGAAGAAGUUAUUGUGCACGUAGAAAGUACGGAAAGGUCCAUAGAAAAGGUCCAUCAGAAUAAGGGAAGAAAGGUCUGAAAAAUAAACGAUAUAGACGCAGAUUCGAGUGGUAGAAAGCAUAGAGCACGCCAACAUGAACGGACAACGUGCUCGUGCAGAUGAUGGAUUCGCGAAUUUUCUGGACCUACUUCUACGUAUUUGGAAUCUCAUCACACAGGUGAGAAAGACCAUUCUCGCCUUUUUUCAGUCAAGCCCUCCGAGCGCUCUUCCCUUGUUGGAAAAAGACUGGCGCCCAAUCAACUGGAUGAUCAGGAAUGACCUGAAGGAAGAGACGAGGACAGUGGAGCCCAGUAACCCGGGCGUCGAGCAUCUCCGCAUCCUGGUCCAUGGUCCGGUGGGAGCUGGGAAGUCCAGCUUCAUCAACUCCGUCGACUCCAUCUUCCAGGGCCGGAUGACCAGUCCGGCUUUGACAGAGACGGCCAGUGACUGCAGCUUCACCAGCAUCUUCAGAACCCAUAAAAUUAAGGACGGCCAUUACGGAACCUGUGUGCCGUUUGUCCUUUGUGACAUCAUGGGGCUGGAGAAGGGCGAUCUACAGGGGGCGCAUCCUGAUGACCUCAUUAAAGUGUUACACGGACACAUCAGAGAUGGUCACAAGUUUAAGUCUGCCGUCUCCCUGUCUGAAAAUGACCCCCACUACAACGCCAGUCCCAGUCUGAGCGAUAAGGUCCACUGUCUGGUCAGCGUCAUCCCGGCCAGCAAGAUCUCCCUCAUAGACGACUCCAUCAUCCAGAAGAUUAAAUUGGUCAGGAAGAAAGCCAGUGAGCUGGGUGUCCCUCAGGUGGUUGUCAUGACGUACGUGGACGAGGCUUGUCCUCACGUCAAAGAAGACCUGGGGUCUGUCUAUAGGAGCCACAAGAUCAAAGAGAAGAUGCAUGAGUGCAGUUCUAAAGUGGGAGUUCCCAUGAGCCUCAUCUUCCCUGUCAAGAACUACCAUGACGAGGAGGAGCUUAAUGAGAUGAUUGACACCUUGUUGCUACGCGCCCUGAAGCAGAUUGUUCUCCUUGCAAACGACUACAUCUAUGACCUCCACCCCACACCAAGAGAGAAUCAGCUGGACCGGGAGUGGAGACGGAUAAGAUGGGAGCCAUCUGCCAGUCUAUCUGAGUUGAGGUCUCUGUGUAUGGGCAACCCAGAGGUGUCGAGGCUCCGCCUCCUGCUGUGUGGCCCAAUGGGAGUGGGGAAGUCCAGCUUCAUCAACUCCGUCAGCAGCGUCCUUCAGGGAAGGGUCACAACCCCAGCACCAGCAGCAAACUCUACAGCAGGAUUCACUACAAGAUAUAAAAACUACUCAUUUAAGAACGGGUCAUCUGGACCACUUCCUUUUGUCAUCGCUGAUGUCAUGGGACUGGAGGGCGGAGACAAAGCAGGGGCGCUUGUUGAUGACCUCACCAAUGCCCUGAAGGGGCGCAUAAAGGAUGGUUACCAGUUUAAUCCGGUGUCUCCACUGUCUGACGAGGGCUCCUACUAUAACAGUAGUCCCAGUUUGGCUGAUCAGGCCCACUGUCUGCUCAUGGUGGUGUCAGCUGAACACAUAUCCAGCCUGGACGAAAGCCUCAUCACCAAGAUAAAGACUGUCAGACAGAGAGCACAUGAUAUACCCCAAGCUGUCGUCAUGACGAUGGUCGACAGAGUCAGCCCACUGGUAAGAGAGGAUCUUCGAGAGAUGUACACUAGCAAGACGAUCAAAGACAAGAUGGAGGAGUGCAGUGAGCUGCUGGGGGUUCCCCUGAGCUCCAUCUUCCCGGUGAAGAACUACCAUGAGGAGAUGGAGCUGGACGACAAGAUGGACGCCGUCAUCACACACACGCUCUCUCACAUCCUCACCCUGGCCAACGACUACGUCAGCAGCAAAGCAGAAUGAGAAUUGUGUGUGUGUGUGUGAUGCUCUCAACGACUAUGCCAGCUUGUUCCUUCAUGUCAUUGUCCUGUUCCCCGCGCUCGCUUGACCUGAGGUGUCACUCUCUGGUGCGUGCAAGAGUCCACACAGCACAGUCCCAGGACGUCGAGUGAUAAGACUCCCUGUCUUGCGACUACACUGGUGGUCUGGACCUCUAAUUACAUCACUUCCUCCCUUGGCUUAUCUGUUUACUUAGACUUGCUCCGUCCUCAGGCAAGAGGACAUCUAAAUGCUGUCUAUACAAAUAAAACUGAGCAAACAGCACAAGAGAAUGGAUAAAGUUGCUGCCUUUUAAGAUAUCUAACUGGGGAGCAAGGCAGCAAGUGCGGUUUGAAACCGAAAAAACAGGUGAAAAACAAAUUCUGAGAGCCCUUGUUGAGAGGCGACAUGUUGGGCUGUCUGAUUUCAUGCAUUCUAAUGCCCCUCAAGCGCUUAUCUGUGAGAGAGAGAUCAAUGAGACUGUUAGAUGAGAGAACUUCCUGACACACACACACACACACACACACACACACACACACACACACACACAGAGACACAC